AUUAGAAAAUAUGUAUUCGACCAUCUUACCUUACAACCCCCUUUUUCUAUCCAUUUUUUCUUUUUCUUUUUUUCUUUUGUUUUUCUCUUUCUCUUUAUUUAUGUCAUUCCAUCUUUAAAUACUCAUGUUAUUACAAGUUCACUCUAUCAAUCAAGUCAAAAAGUAUUGGCUUUAUCUACUCUCCAGUUCUAUCAUGAUACUACUUUUAUAUAUGACUUUUACAACAUCUCAUUUAUCAAUAAUAUCUCAACAUACCAAUGACAACAAACUAUCUCCUUCCCUUGUCGCUGCAGCUCAUGGCACGGAUGAUCCUUUUUCAGUUUGGUACCCUAUUGAAACAGCACUAUUAGAAUUGUUUCCCAAGGAAGCGUAUACUAUGAUAUUUGAUCUCAACAAUACAAACCACCAGCAAAAACAACAACUACAACAUACACGUGGAUCAUUAAUGUAUAGAUUAUUUCAUUGGUUUUCUCAAACACCAGAACGUCUUUCAUUCUCAUGGGCUUCUUACUAUCAAUUAUUUCCCUCAAGUCAACAACUACAACUCGACCAAAACGACGAAUAUGAUGAUGAUUUUGAUACCACUUCUUCACACCCUUGUCAUGGUCUUUCAUUACCAUAUCCUAUCAUUCGCCAUCUAGUCAAACAAAGUUUACAGUUGAAUGAAUCAAAGGCUCAUAUUCGAUUAUUUGACGACGACGAUGACAGUGACAUACAUCCCUAUCUACUGCCAGAUCUCUCUACUCCAUUUGUAUUACUUCCAUUUGAUCCUAGAUAUCAUUCCAUUGCACAUGAUCAACCCAUCUGUAUACGCGCCAUCAUUCCUCCAGCCGUGUUGACAAAGCAUCCUACUUCACCUUUCCAUUAUCGAUACCAACCUUAUCCAGCUUCAACAAACAUCAUCCUUGUCAAUGGGACAGAACAACAGCAAGAGCAAACAGUAACAGUGGAACUUCCAAUGUGGUGGGAUAUGAUGCAAAUCUCUGCACGCCAUCUUCAGACAAAUGCAACAGUUCCUCUCGAUUUGAUACCUUGGCAAGGUCACCAUAAACUCCGUGAAGGUUAUCAAAAAAAAUGGUUUGAACAUGCCAACAAUGUGCCUGAUUGGUCUCGCAAGAUGAUGGAAGAAAUGGAUGAACGUCACUGGAUACAUGUGUAUGAAGCUGGUGUAGAACUUCCUGAUCCUGGUCAUUAUGUAUUUGAAGCCAAAUUGGAAUUUCAAGAUGCUUAUUGGAAUGCUGAACUUGGUCCAGUGCAACCUUAUCAACCGAUGGACAUGCCAGUGGAACCUAGUGCCAAAGUAACUGUACAAAAAGAAAAUCAUAUGAUGGAAUCAACUGAAAAACUUGUAUUGGAUCAUUUAUCAUUACCAUUAUGCAAAGGUGGUCGUGGUGAUUAUCAUGGACGUUGGUUACCUUGGACUUUUGACAACAACAACAACAACAGUAUGGUAAUAGGAUUGGAUCGUUAUGGGAAAUUCUGGGCACCUACAACUUGUCGUUAUCGUCAUAUCACUCAUGCUCAAUUCCAUCGAUGUUUGGCGAAACGAUAUCCACAAGGCAUGAACAUCUAUGGAGAUUCUAAUAUGCGACGAUCCAUCAAAAGUUUCAUCAGUCAUGGUCAAUGGUGCAAGUCAUAUGAAAAAUAUCAGCAAACUUCUCAUCAUCAUCAACAAGUCAAUGCAACUGUAUUUCAAUCACCACAACAAUGGUCUUAUCUUGGGGAUCCACGUCAAUUACGAGCAUGCCAAUGUGAAGAUUUCGAGGAAGUGACAUGGAAUGCCACUUGGUUCAAUGCAACAGCAAGAAGAUGGGAUAUUGUAUUUGAAAACAAUCAAGAAACAACACAACGCUUAGGACGUCAAACAGAAUGGGACAACAACAACAACAACUAUAAUGGUAGAGAUGGUAUACGAGUCAGUAGUUACAAAUGGGAUGGAUUGACAUUUAUGAAUGAUCAAGGAUGGGAAGCUGGAUUUGUUCGCACCAAUUACAAGUUACCUACCGACACAGAUAUUGUUGUGAUCUCUUUGGUGAAUUGGGAUAUGGCCUAUACAGAACUGACACACUUUCAAGAAGCUGUGGUUCAAUUGAUCCAACAUAUCAAGAUGCAAUACCAUUCAAUGAUGAUUGUCUAUCGGACCCCUCAAUAUUACUGCUGCCGAGUGGAUCAUACGCAACGACAACGGAAAUCGAAUACAGCAAGAUUGAAAACAUUUGACAAGGUGGCAAGACAACUCUUCCAAAUUGCCUUUGGUUCCUCUUUGAUGAUCUGGGAUACCAUGAGCUUAGGUGAAGCUAGAACCUGGGGUGAAAAAUUGCAAACUGCUACUUGUGGGGCCAAUCAUGCUCAAGCCGAUGUCAUCCAUUUGGAAAAUCAAAUCUUGAUGAAUGCUCUUUGUAAUCCACAAUGAUUCUUCUUUUUCUUUAUUUUUGGUUUUUAUGUUAUUAGUUUAGAUCUUUUUUUUUUUUUUUU